AUGAGUUCAUCGAGAACCGUCCUAAUCGCUGCAAUCGCACUCCUCGUGGGCUUCGUCGCCGGCAUGUUCUCCAGUGGCUUAGACAGCUCGCCGCCCAGUAAAGAGAGUGCUCGAUUCCACGAAUUGCAGGACGCGUAUCAGGACAAGAACACCCAGUUCUUUAAGCUGGCUCGCGAGCGUGACAACCUGAUCGGUCAGGUGCGAGUGCUUGAGCAGAUGGUGGACACGCUCAACGCGGAGAUCGACGAAAUAAACGCCGUGGCCGCAACCGCUGAAGAGUACCGCGAGCACUUCCGGUUGGCGAACAUCACCGCUGAUCUCAGUGACACUCGCGACCGGUACCCGCUGUACGAUAUCGCUGUGGUUCGGCUGAAUGAGUCCGGCGAACGCGAGCUUGUGCCGAUGCAGUGGGGCCUCUUGCCGAGCUGGUGGAAGCCAUCCAAGAAAACGAAGUCCCGGAAAUCGUUCCAGCGGAUGACAUACAACGCCCGUAGCGAGACGAUCGACACGAAGCCGUCAUACCGUCAUGCGUUCAAACGCAACCGAGUGCUUAUCCCUGCAACGCAGUUCUACGAGCACGGCUUCUACUUUCGCCUGGCACGUUCACCGCUUUUCGCCAUCGCUGGUCUAGCCGAACACUGGUCAGACGGCACCGAGACCGUUGACUCUUGCACCAUGGUCACCACCGAAGCGAAUGAGAUGGUCGGCAAGGUUCAUCCACGGAAGCGAAUGCCUGUGAUCCUGGACAGCGAAGCAGCUUGUGCUCGGUGGUUGAAUCCUGAGUUGACCCAGCGAGGGUCGCUGGAUGAGCUGUUCGUGCCGUACGACGAUGGGUUGAUGGAUCAGAUUGCGGAAGAUGCGGGGUGA